AUGGUCAUCGGCGGUGCUGGAGGUUCUGUCCAGAAGCCUGAUGAUCAGGGUGUGGGCUCCCUCGUGCUUGUCGACGCCAUCAUCGCCAACACCAAGAACGGCAUCGUCACCACCCUCAAGUCGGACCACGCAACCUCGUUCCUGCUGCAAAACGUGGGCUUCUUCAACGUUGAGACCGCAGUCCAGGACAGGGCUGGCGGCCAGGUUCUCGUGGCCGGCGGCAAUCAAGUCGUCCUGGACAGCUGGGGCUUUGGGCUCCUGAGCAACGCGGCCGGCGAGCUGUCGACUUUUGUCAAUGGCGACGCCAUCCCCGCUAUGAACCGCCCCAAGGAGUUCCUGGGCAAGAGCUAUGACAGCAUGAAGCCCAACCUGUUUACCCGCAGGCGGCCCAAGUACUACGACGAGCCGCGAAGCAACAUCAUGAAUGUGCGCACGCUGGGAGCUAAAGGCGACGGCAGCACGGACGAUACAGCGGUUCUCAACUCCGUCCUCGAGGGCGCGGCCAAUACUUCUUCUAUCGUCUUCAUUCCGCAUGGUGUCUACAUUGUCACGGAUACUCUUCGCGUACCCCUUGGCUCUCGCAUCAUUGGUCAAGCUUGGUCCCAGAUUAUGGGCAAAGGCAAGACCUUCAGCGAUGAGAUGAGCCCCAAGGCUGUGGUGCAGGUCGGAAGGCCUGGCGACAGAGAUAUCGUUGAGAUUCAAGAUCUCUUGUUCACCGUCAAUGGUGCCACUGAAGGCGCUGUCAUUGUCGAAUGGAAUGUCCAAGAAUCUACGCAGGGGUCCGCUGGUUUAUGGGACUCUCAUAUUCGUGUCGGAGGUGCCGCUGGCUCCAAUUUGCAGUACAGAGACUGCCCCAAGGGCUCCUCCUCCGCCAUGAAGGACUGCAAGGCGGCCUCGGUCAUGCUUCACCUCAAGCCCAACUCGACUGCCUACAUCGAAAACAUGUGGGCGUGGGUGGCGGACCACGACCUGGACCGCAUCGACCUCGGCCAGCUGGACAUUUACACCGGCCGCGGCGUGCUUGUGGAGAGCCGGCUUGCAUAUUUCUGGGGCACGGCGUCGGAGCACGCGGUGCUGUACCAGUACCAGCUCUCCAACGCGGCCAACAUCCUCAUGGGCAUGAUCCAGACCGAGUCGCCCUACUUCCAGCCGACACCCGCGGCGCCGUACCCUUUCAAGGCCGGUAUAUUCCCCAACGACCCGACGUUUGAGGACUGCGCAGGGCAGUCCGACAAGUGCGCCGUCUCGUGGGCGGCGCGCAUCGUCGACUCGAGCUCCGUCUACAUCCUCGGCGCCGGCCUCUACUCGUGGUUCCACAACUAUGACCAGGCGUGCGUAGAGACAAACGACUGCCAGCUCCGCGGCGUCGAGGUUGAGGAGAGCUACGAUGUAUGGAUCUACAACCUCUGCACCAAGGCGAUUGUGGAGAUGGUGUCGCCCAAGAACAGCGCGCCGACGCUGGCCAAGGACAACGUCAACGGCUUCCUCUCCUCGAUCCUCGGCUGGCUGCAGGGGUCGCAGGACGUUUCCGGCCGGCGAAACUUCACCGGCUUUGCCGUGUAUGAGCCUGAUUUUGUAAAGAGGCUGGGCGUCUCGGACACUUGCGAGACGGCUCUCAAAGAGCACGUGUACUGCCAUGAGCAGGUGCAGGAUUUCCGGUCUCUAGACUUUCGAGGAUCUCUCAACAAUGUCACCCUGACGGAUCUUGUCUGCGCAGACGAAUGUCGCAAGAGCUUGGAAAGUUGGACAGCAAAUGUCAAGACUGCAUGCGCUGAUGUUAUAAUUGCCGAUGGUGUGGCGUACGCCCCAGGCAUGAUUAUGCUCUCUGGUAUGAACGAGACUUGUCUUCGUGAUGAGACAACCGGAGACUACUGCAAUGAUGUCAUCGACGGCUUCACAGAGGUGGACAGCAUAAAUGGCAUGCCCAUCCAGGAGCUAUGCUCCUACUGCAACGUCCAACGUCUUGCAGUCAUGCAGGAGACCAAGUAUUCCACCUUUGAUGCGCAUUUCAAGAGCGAGCUGGACUAUGUCAACAGCCACUGCCAGCUGAGCAAGAACACAACCGUCCCUGACCGCAUCUACCCCGACACACCCGGGGACGAUUCCUGCCAUAUGGGUGAAUGGUAUACUACCGAGGCCAAAAUUACAUGCGACGAUAUUUCUCUGCCGAGGAACAUCUCUUCCGCAUCCCUCUACCUCGCCAACCAGAACACACUCGCCACCUGCGGCACCAAGGACCCAAUCCCCUCGGGCACCAAGCUCUGUAUCCCGCCGUCCUGCUCGCACGUCUACCAGGUGGAGGGCAACUCGACCUGCUCCGACAUUGAGAUCAGGAUCAUCCCUUUCCCCGACAUCCGCGUCGGCGACGUGAGGAAGUACAACCGCUGGGUGAAUGUCGACUGUACAAACAUGGACGCAGUCCGCGCCUCGUACGGAAGCACAAUCUGCCUCGGCCCGCUCUUUGGCGACGCCGAGAUUGGCAUCAACUUUGAGGGCAACGUCGUGCCCAAGUACAGCGACGGCUACAACAGCAAAUUUGCUCCUUCUCCCGAGGGUGUCGCCGUGGCGGCGGGCACGACGCGCCACUGCGGCAACUGGCAUGUUGCCGAGGAGGCCGACACCUGCGUCACCAUUUGCGUGGGCCAGAAGAUUCCCGCGCAGCUUUUCCUCAAGGUGAACCCGUCGCUGGGCACGGAUCACGGUGCCUGCUCCGAGCACCUCGAAGCCGGUAAGGCGUACUGUGUCGGGCCCAACUACGACUGGGAGGAUCCCUGGAGCCCGAUCGACCCCGACCCUGAGCCGACGACCACAAAGACCACCUCCACAGCAACCAGCACCUCCACGUUGCCAACGCACACGCCGUCGUUCCACGUCAGGGCCUGCUACCACAACGACUGCACCGGCGACGUGCACAACAACCUGGACAUUGACGGCGACACCUGCAUCAACACCGACUGCAAGGUGGCGUCGCUGGACGUCGCGGCGACGGGCCUAUGCCCCGACGGCCAGGUCCAGAUCAGCUACUGGGAGAAGCCCAACUGCUCGGGAGAGUGGUACGGCUACGGUUACGCCAGCAGGGGACAGUGCCGCGGGCUCUGGACCGACGGUCGGAAGCUCCAGUCGCUGCAUCUGCGGUGCACGGCACCAAUUACCGACUGUGUCAACCAGGGGUCCUGCACGUAUGAUCCGGAGCCAGCGCAGGGUCAUUGUUAG